CUUGGCAAGGCAUUAGUAGAGCAGACUACAUUACAGAGACAAAUAACUGGCAGCCUUCACUGCGACCUGUCUGUGCCUCCCAUCACAGAAUCUGAAUGGUUUGCAGGGCUAAACAAUAAAUGUUUACAACCUCAUAAACUGUGCACACAAGCUUCAUAUAGAGCAUGAGAAAUACUUCUUUGCCUACCUACUACAGGGAAACUUCUUAUUCCUGUUUCUCUUGUACUCAGCGAUGACUGCUGUUGAGACAAAACUGUGUAAUGGGACGCUAAAUCCUAGCAGGUGCUAGCUCACAUCUAAAAAUAGUGGUUCUACUAGAACCACAAAGAAUGAGACCGUAGUACCUGGGCAGCGUGUGUGCCUGUAGCCUCUGCUCUAUGUAACUAACUUAGACAUGUUUUCAUCACACACAACUGUGGUGCUUGAGCGUUAAUACUUGCUGUUUUCCUGGCCAGCCUUGUUACAGCGUGUAAUGGGGGGGGGGGAUCUUUACACUGGUAGUGUAUCACUUGGGUGAGUUCUUUAAGGUUUAUUGAACAAGAAGGUGGUGAAAAAUGAAUGUAAAGAUUCUUAAAGUGCAAGUCUCAGAGUUUCUUAGUACAUUGCUUGAAAAUUCUGAGUAAUUUUAAGGUUUCAGGCAGGUGCAGGUUGGCAUGGUUACUGCUGAUGUCACAGUCCCAAAAUGACCUGUCAAUACCCUGACCGGGUGAUGCUGCUGAUUCUGUGCAGUUGUUCGGUCAUUUGGGAAGUGUCCCCAGUGAGUGAGACAGGUGAGUGGUCAUCCUGACCUUCCCUUGCUCCCCUCUCCCUGCCCAGCCCUGCUAUGAGUAUGUGGUAGGGACCUCUCUGAACUGGGGGCUUUGCUCCUGCCCUGCGGUGGGCUGGUAUUUCAUCACUAAUCCUCUUCCUUCUGAAAGAGGUGGAGCACUCGUGUGUUCAGAGUACAUUACUGGGUAAAUUAAGACUCUUUGGUAAUUCAAACAAAAAUUGGACUUGUCUACUCACCUCUGGUAUAUGAGUUACUUGUCUGGACUGAACUAAACCUGCUGCCGCUGUCUCCAACAGCGGGAGAGCACUGGCAGUGGAAAGCUGCCGGUUUUUAACGUGUGGAGGGAAGCUGCAGCUUAUGGGACACUGGGUCGGGUCAAGCAGGGCUUUAGUCUUCUGCAAAUACUGGCAGGUUGUACACAGGACUGAAAGAAGGAUGAGGUGGAAUGCAAAUCGAAUUUCCAGUUCUAGGCAUUACCAGAGGAAGGAGGAAAUGUAGUGGGCAAAUUGGAUUUUAACAGCAGGUUGGUAGGAUUGUGGUCCCUGUCCUGUGGUUGGAUUCUGCUGGUGAGUUAAUAAGCGCUCUUGAGUUUGAGGCAUGAUGCUCAAAAAUAUGUAAUGAUCCUUCUCUUUCAUCUUUUUCUACUGUACCAGACUGCUGAGGUACAAAGCCUGUUCCUGGGAAGUCUAACAUCAAAUAGUGUAUGGCUACAAUUUUUGAAUUUUUGUGUCAAAACUCUGCUGUUCCCUUUCACAUUCAUUUGGUCCCACCAAAACCAGUGUGUUUGCUUUGUACGUGAUGGCGUAGCCUGUUAGAAGGCCUGUGCCAUGCAAGUGCCUUUGCUACUGCAAACCCCUUCCACUCCUUUCCCCAUCAAUGCAGUAAAACGACUCGUGCGGGAGGAAACUAUGGCAUCAGAGGAGCCUGCUGUCUGCUCCUUCGUGGACCGAACCACCUGGGAGCUCCUCAACCUCCUGCACAUGGUGGCGAGGCAGAACGGACGGGUGGUGGUGAUGGAGGUGGACGACGACAAUGUGAGAACUCCCUCGGUGCUGGUGGAUUUUGCCCAGGACCUGUGUGGCACAGCUGACAUCAGGGCUAAACUACAACAGGCAGAGAGGAUGGAAGAGGAGGAGGAGGAGGAGGAGGAGGAGGUUCGGCCACAUCUGGUUUUUAUGCUGUGGAAAGCCACUGUGUUGAAACAGCUCAUGCAGUGGGAUCACCUGGAUGAGGCUGUCUGGAAUGUUAGGAACCUCCUUCCCUGCCUGCCGUACGUGCUGGUGCUUGUGAUGAUCCACCCAGACCCCCAGGAGCAGCUGGACGAGGCAGUGGGAGCACUGAGGAGAAUGCAGUGUCUGCUGGAUGGGGCCUGGCAACUCGUGGUGGAGGCAGCGGUCUACAGCCCUGGCCAGCCUGGUGGUAUCCUGGAUGCAAAGAGAGCUGCGUGUAGGGCACUGAGAGAAGUCUUGAACUGCCAUGAAGAAGUCGACUCUCAGGGUCCAUUUAUUGUUUCGCUCCCAGAGUUCAGCUACUGCUGUGCUCUGCCUGAACAUAUGCGGCACAAGAAAUGCUAUCCUCCUGGUGCCUUGCUUGUCUGCCCAGUCCUUCUGCACCGACAUGAUUCAGUAUGUAGCUGCUGCCAGAAGGGGACACUGCUCCUUCAGCAUCACGCUGUCCUUGCUACAAAGCUCAGAUUUCUUUGCUACAUUGCCUGAACAAUCUAUCCCAGGAAACUUCUAUCAAAAAUCACUGAGUUUCUGCUUUGCAUGAAAUGCCUUGCUUGAAUAUCAAAAUGUCCCUGAGAAACCUGCUGGGCUGUCCCCAAGAAACCAGCUGUCAACAGAGAGGGAGUGAGAGCAGGCCAGCUGCGCCUGGAUUUUAGACUGUCCCAAAACUGAGAAAGUGAAAGAAACCCAGAGGUAAGACCUAAGACCGCUUUUUCCCAGGAGAGCCUGAAUGCAGGGGUCUUUGGUAGUUCUCAUCAGCACAAAGCUCCUGAAAUUCCCCAGGGUUCUUUGCUUUCCCACCAUCCUGUGACUACAAAGUUUGCUGCCCCCUCUUGCUUAUCGAACAAGAUGCUGCAAACAAGAUGAAGGUCUGUCUCCCGUUGUGCUGCUAUUUGCCGUUAGUACGUUGGCCUUUCCCAAGGUACUGUCCUCACACCAGAAUAGUUGAAGGGUCCAGAAUGAGCUGUCUAAAUGUCUUACACUGAUCCAGGGGAUCCUUUCCACCUACCCUGAUGGAAGGACCUGUGGGUGGUUUAUGUGCAUGGCAUGCUCUGCAACUCUCUAUCUCUCAGGCAGCCACCGCAGGCAUGCCUGCCAGCUCAGCUCGGUGCGUCUGGGCACGUGACACCUUGCUAUUAUUCAUGCUGCGUUUUCAUGCUUGCUGCCUGAGCAGCCCCCAAUUGUCCUGUCCCUUCAGUAUGAUGGGUGAAAGAAGCUUGCUGUAUCUUGAGCCAAACUCCACUGAGAUCUGUAGAUCAAGGUCUGGGUGCUGGUGUGGGGAGGUGUCAGUACAGCUCUCAGGACUGAGAGCGAUGGGGGCUGAACCCACAGCGUGUAUAGGGCUGAGAAUCAGCUGGAGUGAGGACGGUCCUGAUCUGUGCCCGAGUGCAGACUGACACUGCUGAGCCCUUCUGUAACAGGAAAUCAGUCAGCAUCCUCUUCAAACUAGAGGCACUGCAAGUAAGACAGUACAUUUGUGUUCACUCUUCCUCACUCCCGGGCGAAAAAGAAAAAAAUCUAUGCAGAUGAAAACCCAGCAUUUAGCCAACUGUCCAUUAAAGGGGCUAUUGCAAGGACUGACCUACAUAGAAGUGGGUACCAGUAGAUAUCCAGCAGGUUGAAUUACUGGGAUGGGUUAUUUUGGAUGGGAGGAACUGUGGAAGCACUAAAUUAUUUUUGUUUCUAAGGCCAAUGGCCAAUACAAUAGCUGAACUUAUUUCCCAACCUCUCUGGGCAUGGCAAAGCACUAUGAUUAGCUGUUUUACUAUUGCGAGUUUAUAUGUAUUUCUUCUCUAUGAUUUUUUUUUUACAGAUCUGUGUCCACCUAAGAUCUUAUC